AAUAGAAAACAAGAAAGGAACGACUCAUUCAAACAUACACGUUUCACACAAAGAGACAGCAAACACUACAAAGAAUUGACUGCUAUAUCCUUUCGGUAGUCGUCGUAUCCAUAUACAAAUGAAGUUCUCAACCACCACCCUAAUGAUGAUUCUCUGCGGACAGAAUGUUGCCAGAGCUUUUGCCUUUAGCAGCGGGAGCCGUUCGGUGGCCGCUCGCUCCGGCGCACGCGUCUUGUCGUCGGCCGCAACCGAAGAAGCGGCCGAAGCAACCACUGCUGCGCCGCUACAAGAAAUCCCCGACAUGGAAGAAAUCGUCUCGCUGUGCAAGCGUCGUGGAAUUAUCUUUCCCUCCUCCGAGAUCUACAACGGGUACGCAGGAUUUUUCGAUUACGGUCCGCUGGGUGCCGAGCUGAAAAAGAAUCUCAAAGACGUCUGGUGGAACCACUUUGUCACGCAGCGAGAGGACGUCGUUGGAUUAGAUUCUUCUAUCAUUCACAACCCAACUACCUGGAAAUCAAGUGGUACGUGCAUAUGCAGCGCUCUAUAGCCUAGAACAGAGCAUUGACUUGUUUAAGGCAUUGGGAUUUCCUUGAAUUUUUGGACUGUAAUGGGAACAGCAAAAUCGAAUCGAAACAAAAUCGGACAGAACAGCUUACAAACAGCGAUCCGACGCGAUCAAAAACGAUAGGAAGAUACUAUUUAUCACAAUGUGACAAUGUCAGACAGAGAUAAGCCACGACUGCGACUCAUGUAUUUUUUUCAAUUUUUAAACCACAAAUACAAUCUCUCUUCUAUGUUUGUCCAAUCAGGCCACUUGGACGGAUUUUCGGACCCCAUGGUUGAUUGCAAAGAAACAAAAUUGCGAUACCGCGCCGAUCAGCUCUUCUUCUCCCCUGUGAUCCUUCAGGGUGACGAAGACAAAAACAUAAUUGGAUACGUUUGCGUCCAGGAAGGGAACGAUGAUGAGAUGGUCAAGGCCGCCAAAACCAUGUCGAAGAAACUCUUGAAGGAAAAAGACCUCAAGGGGAACAGAAUCGAGGCCUUCUCUUUCAAAGAACUCGUCGAGGCAACCGAAGAGGAGUUUGCGCAGAUUCCCUCCCCGGCUUCUGGAAAGCCCACCCUCACGCAACCCCGUGACUUCAAUUUGAUGUUCGAAACCCGCGUCGGCGCUGCCGUCGACAGCGAGAACAUUGCCUACCUUCGACCCGAGACCGCCCAGGGUAUUUUCAUUAACUUCAAGAACGUUCUCAACAGCUCCCGUCAAAAAAUUCCCUUCGGAAUCGCCCAGAUGGGAAAGGCCUUCCGAAAUGAGAUCACCCCCCGCAACUUUAUUUUCCGUUCUCGUGAAUUCGAACAAAUGGAGGUCGAAUACUUCAUCCCCCCUGGCGACGACGUUUGGCCCGAAUAUCACCAGAAAUGGAUCGAUUCCUCCAAAGACUUUUUGGUCGACAAGAUUGGCCUUCGGGAAGACUUGAUGGGAUGGGAUGUCCACGAGGGAGACGGCCUUGCCCAUUAUGCCCGUGCCUGUACCGAUGUUACGUUCACAUUCCCCUUUGGAACCCAGGAGCUAAUGGGAAUCGCCGCCCGUGGAAACUACGAUUUGACGCAACAUACCGAGGGAUCUGGAAAGAGUGCGUACACUUCUGACGAAAAUCCGUGAAAGAAACAAAGCCUGCAUGCGCGUGCAUUGCAUAGCGCUGUUUCUAGUGCUUGGUUGUAGCAUAUUUGCCCGGUGUCAACUCCUUCUCACUCUUUAUUUGCUUUCACCGUGAUUAUUUCUUCUUCAAAUCAAAUCAAUCAAACGAAUUUAAUGAAUAUCUCUUUCAUCAAACAAACGAAAACAGACCUUGGAGAAUACUAUGACGAAGAAACCAAGGAACGAUACAUUCCCCACUGUAUCGAACCAUCUCUGGGUGUCGACCGCCUGAUGCUGGCCGUUAUCUGUUCUGCCUAUGCCGAAGACGAGGUCGGUGGAGAGAAGCGCAAYUUCCUCAAGUUCAAUCCCCGCAUCGCUCCUAUCAARGCCGUGGUACUACCGCUGUUGAAAAACAAGCCAGCUCUCGUAGAAGUAGCUCGCGACUUGUUCGAAAAGCUCCAAGCCCGCGGAUACAACGUCAUGUACGACGCCGCCGGUGCUGUGGGAAGGCGGUACCGCCGUGCUGACGAGGUUGGCAUCCCCUUUGCUAUCACGGUAGACUUUGAAACUAUCGAAGACGACGCUGGUGUGACAAUCCGUGAUCGGGAUUCUACGGAACAGAUCCGAUUGCCCAUCGACGACGUGAUUCCCUAUCUGAGCAAGAAAAUCGAUGGUUAUUAAUUACUUUUGAAUAGUUGA